AUGGAUUUACAAAAUAAAUAUCAAAUAUUAGCAAGUGAAUUUUCUAAAGUGCGAGGACAAGUAACUGUUUUAAAAAAAGCAGUUCUUGAUGAGCAAAAUAAAAGUCAACAACUACAAGAAGAUAUCAAUAAAAAGGAUCAGAAUUUAAGACGAAAUGCACAAGAAAUCGAAACACUUUCAUUUCUUAAUACACAACUUAAAUCUCGUCUUGAAAUUCUUCAACAAGAACUUAAUGAUAUUGAAACACAUAUAAAAUUAAAAAAAUCAAAUAGCAAUAAAUUAUCGCAGGCUAAUCCAUUUAAUGAUAAUGUACUGGCUCAAGAACUUGAACAGAAAAUUAAACAGUAUGAAACAAUUCAACGUCGAGUUUAUGAAUUAGAAAAGUUGAUUGUUGAUAAUGAAAAUGAACGAUCAAUAAAUCGUUCAAAUAUAGAACAGUUACAAAAUCAAAUGGCAGAAAUGCAAGAAAGUCAUCAACGAGCUCGAGAUGAAUAUGAAAGAAUUUUAAAACAAAUAAAACAAGAAAAUGAAUUACUUAAUGAACAAGUUAAACAACAUUUAACUGAACAAUCAUCAUCUGUUGCUGUCAGUCGAAAAUCAUCGAGUUUAAAUCCACCAACAAAAACCGUUCAGGAAUCAACACCACCUCCACAACCUGAAAUAUUUUUAUAUAAAUGUUUAAAUGCAUGGCGUGAUGCAUUUACAGAAUUAACUAUUUAUAUUGAAGAACGAUUAAAAAAUAAUAAUCGAUCUUCAGAAAAUAAUGAAAAAAUGGCUCAUACUGUAAAAGCUUUUCAACAACAUGCAGAGAAUUUUCUUAUUGCUUUGAAAAUACGUUUGUUCGAUGGAAAAUCUUCACAAGGAGAUACACAUACAACUGAUUUUGCUGAAUUAUUUAGUAUGUUUGUUUCAUCAUGUGAAAAAGUACUUGCUUUUGCUAUUAAAAGUGUUUGUGAUGAACCUAACUUCAAUUCUUCAUCAGAAAAUCAAGAAAAACUUUAUGAAAAAAUUAAUAAGUUAAAUGUUGUACUUAAUCAAUUAUUUCAACAAUGGGCAAAUAAUUUAUCACAAUUACGUGAAAUAGCUGUUGCAAUUAUUCAAUUUGAUUCAUCUCUUCCAACGACAGUAGAACAACUUCAAGCAAAAAUUAUUGAAAUUUCAACAACAUUUCAAGCAGGUGCAAUUAUUCAUUGUGAUCUUGAUAAAAACUAUAAUGAUAAAUUAUGUUUGGAAUAUGAAUUAAGUGCUUCUCCCGUACAUUUAACAACAACCGAUGAAUGUAUUCUAUCAGCAUUAAGAAAAUUAGCAAGUCAUGAACAACAGAUAGCACAAUUAAUUCGAGAAAAUCAAACAUAUCUUUUUGAAUUUCAAAAACGACAAAAAGAAACUUUACAACAAGAAGAAAAUGUUUUUGUGGAUGUUGCAGAAGAUUCUUGUCAACAAUUACUUGAUGUUCAUAAAAAACAAAUUCUUUAUAAUGCAGAAACAAUUGGUGCACUUGAACAAGAAAAAGAACAUUGGCGUUUAGAAUAUCAAUUAUUAAAAAUAAAAUUGGAAAAAAUGCGUGAUGAUCAUUCAAAACAAAUUGAAGAACUAAAAGACAAAACAAAUCAAACAACAACAACAAAUGAAGAGUUUGAUGGAAUGGUUACAUCAUUACCUACAACUUCAAUAACAAAUAUUCCACGAGAUUAUCGAACAAGUUCCGAUCCACCGAGUGAACGCGAACUAAUGAUAAAACAAUAUUAUUCACAAAAAAUCCUCGAUUUAGAAACAAAAUUACAAUUAGUAAAUGGCAAAGGAAUUGCUUUUUAUAAUGAAUUAGCAAAUAUUCAUCAACGUUUAAGACAUUCCAAAGAUCAAGAAGCUAAAGGUCGAAUUGAAAUAGACCAGUCACAACAAGAAUUAACAAAAAUGACGGAUGAAUUAGCAACAACAACUAAAGGGUAUGAAGAACAAAUAGCGACAAUGUCUGAACAUUUAGCAUCGAUGAAUGAACAGAUUACGUCACAGAAUGAUAAAAUUGAUAAACUUCAACAAAUGUUACACACGAAUCCAAAAGAUGGUAAAAAAAGCAAAAAAUGA